CAAUGCCUUGUCGUGGCGAAGGGGCUUGAAUAACUCAGAGAAGCUAUGAGCUAUGCCAUGCAGGGCCACCCAAGAUGGACAGGUCAUAGUGGAGAGUUUUGACUAAACGUGAUCCACCUGGAGAAGGAACUGGCAAGCCACUCCAGUAUCCCUGCCAAGAAAACUCCAUGGACAAAGACAACAGGCAUAUAAAAGUUAUGACGCUGGAAGAUGAGCCCCUCAGGUCGGAAGGCGUCCAACAUGCUACUGAGGAAGAGCGGAGGACAAGUACAAGUAGAUUCAGAGCUGAUGAAGCGGCUGGGCCAAAGCCGAAAGGACGCUCAGUUGCGGAUAUGCCUGGAAGCGAAAGGAAAGUCCGAUGCUGUAAAGAAAAAUAUUGCAUAGGAACCUGGAAUGUAAGAACCAUGAAUAGAGGUAAGCUGGAUGUGGUCAAAAAUGAGAUGACAAGAAUAAAUAUCGACAUCCUGGGCAUCAGUGAACUAAAAUGGAAGGGAAUGGGUGAAUUCAGUUCGGGUGACUAUCAUAUCUACUACUGUGGGCAAGAAUCCUGUAGAAGAAAUGGAGUGGCCCUCAUAGUCAACAAAAGAGUGGCAAAAGCUGUGAUGGGAUGCAAUCUCAAAAAUGACAGAAUGAUCUCGAUACGAAUCCAAGGCAGACCUUUUAACAUCACAGUAAUCCAAGUUUAUGCACCAACUACCGGUGCUGAAGAAAGUGAAAUUGACCAAUUCUAUGAAGACCUACAACACCUUCUAGAAAUGACACCAAAGAAGGAUGUUCUUCUCAUUACAGGGGAUUGGAAUGCUAAAGUAGGGAAUCAAGAGAUAAAAGGAACAACUGGCAAGUUUGGCCUUGGAGUUCAAAAUGAAGCAGGGCAAAGGCUAAUAGAGUUCUGUCAAGAGAACAAGCUGGUCAUCACAAACACUCUCUUCCAACAACACAAGAGACGACUCUACACAUGGAUAUCACCAAAUGGGCAGCAUCGAAAUCAGAUUGAUUAUAUUCUCUGCAGCCAAAGAUGGAGAAGCUCUAUACAGUCAGCAAAAACAAGACCUGGAGCUGACUGUAACUCAGAUCAUCAGCUUCUUAUAGCAAAAUUCCAGCUUAAACUGAAGAAAGUAGGAAAAACCACUGGGCCAGUAAGAUACAAUCUGAAUCAAAUCCCUUAUGAAUACACAGUGGAAGUGAGGAACAGGUUUAAGGAUUUAGAUUUGGUGGACAGAGUGCCUGAAGAACUAUGGAUGGAGGCUCGUAACAUUAUACAGGAGGCAGCAACGAAAACCAUCCCAAGGAAAAGGAAAUGCAAGAAAGCAAAAUGGCUGUCCAACGAGGCCUUACAAAUAGCGGAGGAGAGGAGGCAAGCAAAAUGCAAGGGAGAUAGGGAAAGAUACAGGAAACUGAAUGCAGAUUUCCAAAAAACAGCAAGGAGAGACAAGAGGGUCUUCUUAAAUGAGCAAUGCAAAGAAAUAGAGGAAAACAAUAGAAUGGGGAAAACCAGAGAUCUGUUCAAGAAAAUUGGAGAUAUGAAAGGAACAUUUCGUACAAAGAUUACCAUAAUCAAGGACAAAAGUGGUAAGGACCUAACAGAAGCAGAAGACAUCAAGAAGAGGUGGCAAGAAUACACAGAGGAAUUAUACCAGAAAGACAUGGAGGUUUCGUACACCUCAGGUAGUGUGGUUGCUGACCUUGAGCCAGACAUCUUGGAGAGUGAAGUCAAAUGGGCCUUAGAAAGCACUGCUAAUAACAAGGCCAGUGGAAGUGAUGAUAUUCCAGCUGAACUAUUUAAAAUUUUAAAAGAUGAUGCUGUUAAGGUGCUACACCCAAUAUGCCAGCAAGUUUGGAAAACUCAGCAAUGGCCAGAGGAUUGGAGAAGAUCAGUCUACAUCCCAAUUCCAAAGAAGGGCAGUGCCAAAGAAUGCUCCAACUACCGCACAAUUGCGCUCAUUUCACACGCUAGCAAGGUUAUGCUUAAAAUUCUACAAGGCAGGCUUAGGCAGUAUGUGGACCGAGAACUCCCAGAAGUGCAAGCUGGAUUUCGAAAGGGCAGAGGAACCAGAGACCAAAUAGCAAACAUGCGCUGGAUUAUGGAGAAAGCUAGAGAGUUCCAGAAAAACGUCUACUUCUGCUUCAUUGACUAUGCAAAAGCCUUUGACUGUGUCGACCACAGCAAACUAUGGCAAGUUCUUAAAGAAAUGGGAGUGCCUGAUCACCUCAUC